AAUUGUUUCGUUUUUCUUGUAAACCCUCAAAAAUAUGAAUCAUACAGAUAUCUUAAAAGAUUAUGCAUUAUCUCGAUACACUAUGGAAAGAUUAAAAGUAAUUAAAGAAAAAUUAAACGAAGAUUUAAUUAAGGCCGAUUCCUUAUGGCAAAUUAUAACUGGAAAGGAGGAAGAAACACAGAUAAAUAUGGAAGAUACUUUGAAUGAAAGCAACAAAGAUUGUUAUGAUAUUUUAUUUAAGACAGCAGAUCAGUUUUCAUCUACUCAAUUUUAUUUUACACAACUUGACAAGCACUUUAACAAAGAUACUAAGCAGGAACAUGUACCAAAUCUUGAUAUCACAGAAUGUCUUUAUGAGGGUUUAGAAAGUUCUAAUGGAAAAUUAGAUGUACAUCAUUUAGAAAAUUUAACAGACACAGAACUUGUGGAAGUAGUCUGUAAUUUGGAAAAAAAAUUAAGUAUACUGGGUGUAUAUAAUCUGUGUUGUUCCAUGAAUAAUAUGACUUUGGAACAACGAAUUAAGUAUGCAGCAAUUUUUCAUAGUUACUUAUUAUUGCCAAAGAUUAUUGCCUUAGAAGAGCCUUCCAGAUUGCUUUUAUCUGUUGUUACAGAAUGUGCUCUCAAAUUUCCAGAUGAUAUUCAGAAAUUAAUAUUUGUACCUCUCUUAAAUGUUGACUUAAAUGAUACAACAAUUAUCAAUGCUAUAGUAAAUGCUUUUGAACCUAAAAGACGUAUUGUCCUGAUUGUGGAUUAUUUAUCAAAUGUGAAAGAUCUGAAAUCAUGGCAUCUUUCAUUUUUAUAUAAUUUAAUUUCUGUUAAAACAGAUAUUGCCACAAAUGAUAAAAUUAUAGAAUUGUUAUAUGCAAAAGCACUUGACUUUGCCAAGGAUAAAAACUUUGGCAAACUCGUAUUAUCGUUUAUAAAACUAAAUAUUAAUUUUUCAGAGGAACAAAAAUGUUUAUUAGGGGAAAUAGCUAAUACGAAUGAGACGUUUUUUAAAAGACCUAUACAAAAUAUAUUAAAAGCUAUGUAG